CUUGCCGAUUUUGAGCUGCUGCGCAAAUAUAAUACAAGAAGGGGAGAUCGUGGCACGGAAAAUGGGAAGCUCGGCGGCAGAUGUCUACUUUGUCUUCAUGAAUUUUGAUCCCGAGUAUGAGCGCCUGCGAGCAGAUCGAAAGAAACAAGGAGCAAUGGAGCUUGAUCGAUAUGUAAGCAACAGACAUGACCAGCUGCUAGCCAAAUUGCUCAGACCAAACACCUAUAGGAAGAGAUCUUCUUUGGCUAUCGUUGAUGGGUUUGCAGUUGAAAUAACUGAUGAUCAGGCAGCCAUUCUUAGAUCCGCAAAGGAAGUGAGGGUUGUGGAGAAGAACCAAGAGCUUGUUUGAUGCUUGACAUGAAUCAAAGCCUAGGAGUAGAUCUAUUCUAAAGAACUUAGUUGGGUUUAAGUAAUAUAUUAGUUGCAAACUUUACGAGGUUUUGUAUUAUUGUACGUAAAGAUUUUAUGUGACUGAUCCUUGGGGCGCUCAAGGUAUGUAUUGCUUUUGAAUCUUUCCAAUCCCC